AUGCCUCCCAGGCCCUCUUCAGGAGAACUAUGGGGGAUGCACUUGAUGCCCCCCAGCAUCUUAGUGGACUGCUUGCUGCCAAAUGGCAUGAUUCUCACAUUGGAGUGCCUCCGGGAAGCAACGCUCGUCACGAUCAAGCAUGAGCUCUUCAAAGAAGCCAGGAAGUACCCUCUCUACCAUCUGCUGCAGGAGGAGAGCUCGUACAUCUUCGUCAGCGUCACGCAGGAGGCUGAGCGGGAGGAGUUUUAUGACGAGACCAGGAGGCUCUGCGAUCUCAGACUGUUUCAAGCUUUCCUGAAAGUUAUCGAACCAGUGGGCAACAGAGAGGAGAAAAUCCUGAACAGAGAAAUCGGUUUUGCUAUUGGGAUGCCCAUAUGCGAGUUUGAUUUGGUGAAGGACUCAGAAGUACAGGACUUCAGAAGAAACAUUUUAAAUGUUUGCAAAGAAGCAGUGGACCUCAGAGACAGCAACGGAUCCCACAGCAGAGCGUUGUACGUCUACCCUCCUAACGUUGAAUCUUCUGCAGAACUUCCCAGGCACAUCUAUAAUAAACUCGAUAAAGGUCAGAUCAUUGUGGUGAUUUGGGUCAUCGUUUCACCCAGCAAUGACAAACAGAAGUACACCCUGAAGAUCAACCACGACUGUGUGCCGGAGCAGGUGAUAGCCGAAGCCAUCCGUAAGAAGACGCGGAGCAUGCUGCUCACCCAGGAGCAGCUAAAGAUGUGCGUCCAGGAGUACCAGGGGAAGUACAUCCUCAAAGUCUGUGGCUGUGAUGAGUAUCUGCUGGAGAAAUACCCCCUGAGUCAGUACAAGUACAUCCGGAGCUGCAUCAUGCUGGGAAGGAUGCCCAACUUGAUGCUGAUGUCCAAAGACAGCCUUUAUUCCCAGCUGCCCACAGACACCUUCACCAUGCCGUCCUACGCCAGGCGAAUUUCCACGGCGACGCCUUACAUGAACGGGGAAACGGCCACCAAGUGUCUUUGGACGAUCAGCGGGACGCUGAGGAUCAGGAUCCUCUGCGCUACCUACGUCAAUGUAAACAUCAGAGACAUAGACAAGAUCUACGUGAGGACCGGGAUAUACCACGGUGGGGAGCAGAUGUGUGACAAUGUCAACACUCAACGUGUGCCCUGCUCAAAUCCACGGUGGAACGAGUGGCUGAACUACGACAUGUUCGUUACGGAAAUCCCCAGAGCUGCUCGACUCUGCCUCUCCAUCUGCUCCGUGAAAGGAAGGAAGGGAGCUAAAGAGGAGCAUUGUCCUCUGGCCUGGGGCAACAUCAACCUUUUUGAUUACACUCACACGCUAGUAGCAGGAAAGAUGGCUCUCAACCUGUGGCCGGUCCCACACGGCCUGGAGGACCUGCUCAAUCCCAUCGGGGUCACAGGCUCCAACCCCAACAAGGAAACGCCUUGCUUGGAGCUGGAGUUCGACCAUUUCAGCUGCCCUGUGAAGUUCCCCAAUAUGAGCCAGAUCGAGGAACACGCCAACUGGAAUAUAUCUACAGAGCUGGGCUUUAACUACAGUCACAACGGAUCGAGUAACAGAUUUGCGCGGGACAACCCUCUGACUGAGAGCGAUAAUGAGCAGCUGAGACAGGUGUGCAACCGAGACCCGCUGUCUGAGAUCACUGAGCAGGAGAAGGACUUCCUGUGGAGGCACAGACAUCACUGCAUCAACAUCCCGGAUAUUCUUCCCAAGAUCCUCCUGGCUGUGAAGUGGAACUCCAGGGAUGAGGUUGCACAAAUGUAUUGCCUUCUAAAAGACUGGCCUGCAAUUAGGCCAGAGCAAGCCAUGGAGUUGCUGGAUUGCAACUUCCCCGACCCCAUGAUCAGAGAGUUUGCUGUGAAGUGCCUUGAGAAAUACCUGACGGAUGACAAACUCUCGCAGUACCUCAUCCAGCUGGUCCAGGUUCUAAAGUAUGAGCAGUAUCUCGAUAACCCGCUUGCACGCUUCCUGCUGAAAAAGGCAUUAACCAAUCAGAGGAUAGGACAUUUCUUCUUCUGGCAUUUGAAAUCAGAGAUGCACAACAAGACGGUGAGCCAACGGUUCGGCCUCCUGCUGGAGUCGUACUGCCGGGCGUGCGGCGUGUAUCUGAAGCACCUGAGCAGGCAGGUGGAAGCCAUGGAGAAACUCAUCAACCUCACCGACCUGCUCAAAAAAGAGAAAAAAGAUGAGGCGCAGAAGGUUCAAAUGAAGUUUCUGGUCGAGCAGAUGAAGAGGCCUGACUACAUGGAUGCACUACAAAGCUUUACCUCUCCGCUGAAUCCUGCACAUCAGCUGGGAAACCUCCGCCUGGAGGAAUGCAGGAUGAUGUCAUCUGCAAAGCGACCUCUUUGGUUAAACUGGGAAAACCCAGAUAUGAUGUCAGAGCUGCUUUUUCAGAACAAUGAAAUCAUCUUCAAAAACGGAGACGAUCUGAGGCAGGACAUGCUGACGCUGCAGAUCAUUAGGAUAAUGGAGAACAUCUGGCAGAACCAGGGCCUUGAUCUCAGGAUGCUGCCGUACGGCUGCCUGUCUAUCGGCGACUGUGUGGGUUUGAUCGAAGUGGUGAGGAAUUCUCACACCAUCAUGCAGAUCCAGUGCAAAGGAGGCCUGAAGGGGGCGCUGCAGUUCAACAGCCACGCACUGCAUCAGUGGCUCAAAGAUAAGAACAAGGGAGAAAUGUACGACCAGGCCAUAGAUCUGUUCACCCGCUCCUGUGCCGGCUACUGCGUGGCCACCUUCAUCCUCGGCAUCGGUGACCGACACAACAGCAACAUCAUGGUGAAAGAUGACGGACAGCUGUUCCACAUAGAUUUUGGGCAUUUCCUCGACCACAAGAAGAAGAAGUUUGGGUACAAGAGAGAGCGGGUCCCGUUUGUGCUCACGCAGGACUUUCUGAUCGUCAUCAGCAAAGGAACCCAGGAGUGCACAAAAACCAGAGAAUUUGAAAGGUUCCAGGAGAUGUGUUACAAGGCCUACCUGGCAAUCCGGCAGCACGCCAACCUCUUCAUCAACCUCUUCUCCAUGAUGCUGGGCUCGGGGAUGCCUGAGCUGCAGUCGUUCGACGACAUCGCGUACAUCAGGAAGACCCUGGCGCUAGACAAGUCUGAGCAGGAGGCCCUGGACUACUUCAUGAAGCAGAUGAACGACGCCCAUCACGGCGGCUGGACCACCAAGAUGGACUGGAUCUUCCACACAAUCCGCCAGCACGCCAUGAACUGAGAGGAGGGGGGGGAGCCGUUCCGAACAGCUUAACCUCCCCCGUUAGAGACAUUGAAAAGGACUUGGAGAACCAUUGAAGUUUUACUUCACAUGAACCUAAUUAGUAUAAAAGAAAAAAACCUCAAUGAACACUAAUCUUUAUAAAAACUCUAAAAAAAUAUAUUAUUUUCUUACUUUUUAAUCCCUUCCAUACGUCCCCAACCAUCAGCAUCAGGAGCGAAACACGACAAACGCUGCAGCACAAGACGGAAGAUGAGCCCAACCAGCCCAAAGUUUACACGGUGGUUUAAUAAACACUGAGUGCCCCAGUAAGGCGGCGCCCCCCCGCAUCAUUAACAGACUUUUCUACAGCAGUAUCUCUAUUUGCCUAUACGCAUUUGGUGCACAUGUUCCUUUUUAACAGAGUUUUCUACUGAGCCAAAGUUCCCUGUAUAUUUGUGUGUAUGCGUGUGUUUAAAACCCGACUACAUGGCAGUCUUAUUUUAAACCAACCCAAAAAAAAAAAGAAUUCCCCUCUAUUCCACGGCUUGUGUUCACAUUAGCACUGAUCUCUGCAGUAUUUGUUUAGUCUGUCAGUAUUACUGUCACCUGUAAAGAAACCAUCAUCCAGACCCGACCUCACAGGACGACAAAGCUCCUCUUUUUGGUUCUUUUUUUUCUCCAGGAUUCGAAAAAUGAGGAGGGAAAAAAAAAGCGGAUUUGAAUGUUCCUAAAGCAUCACGUUCUGUUCUACUAUGCAAGUUGUGGCUCUAAAAAUGUACUGUAUGCUAGAAAAAGACUGAAACCUCCCUGAGGAUACUCGGAAAUGUGUCGGUGAAGGAGAGACGGCUGCCUUGAGGGGGGAAAAACAAAAUAGAUGCCAGACUGCUUCCAUUGGAGGAGUACGGUCUGCUUCCUCCCUGCAGAAUGAGAUCUGUUUGGGAAAACACUUCAAAUCCUGCCUGGUUUUUUUUGUUUGUUUUUUUAUUUUGGGUGGGAACGGGUCCUGAAGCAUCAACCCAAGCUGUGCUCCUCAUACUAAUCCUUCAUUUUGACAUGUGGGAAAAGAAAACGGGAUAUUCCUCCGCCUUCAAAGUAGACCCGGGUUACUCCCCCUCUGUUCUCUAAGAAGUUUGUUUCAGAACCUCUUAAAUUUUUCUAUCAUCCACAUUUCCACAGUUAAAGUCCCGCUAAUGAGACGAUUGACAGGAUGGAAAACAAACAGCAGGCUACCUCCCCUACAUAUAGCCAUUUAUUGCAUGAUUUAACUUGGUUAGAUCAGACCAACAUGGCAGUUUGGAGAUGUAUUCAUAAGGUGUAAAACGAAGUAAGCCUUGCUUAUCAUUAGCUAGCUAAUAAAACAGGAAUCUAAACUACAAGCAGCGUUUCUAUAAAGCAGCAGGCUAGCUAGCGCAGCGGGAAACGGCUAACCAGCUAAUAUAAUGUAAGUUAGGGGGUUAAUGUUGUUCAGAUACUGUUUAAAGCAAAGAACAAGUUUUGGAAAAGAAAAAAAAAUAA